AUGCUUAUUGCUAUUUUACUCGUUUCUCUCAUUUCAUCGAUUGAUGCUGCGUCGAUAGUAUCUCGUUCGCAAUCCUACCAAUUAUCUCAGCCAACAGUGCUUGGCCCCAAAUCUAGAAUAACUAUAGGUAAUAAGGCCAUCGCUCCUGAUGGCUUCGAACGCUCCCCAGAAGGUAAUUAUCCCUCGACCUCCUUUCGUGCGCCUGUGCUGACCUCACAUCAGGGAGAUGACUUUGCCAUUGAGGUGGUCAAUGAGCUCAAAGACGAAUCGAUGUUCAAGAGUACCAGUGUCCACUGGCAUGGUCUCUUCCAGAACGGGACGAAUUAUGCCGAUGGAACAUCCUUUGUCACACAAUGCCCCAUUGCGCAAAACCACUCUUUUUUACACUCUUUCUCCGCUCCGAACCAGGCAGGCACCUACUGGUAUCAUAGUCAUUAUUCCGUCCAAUAUUGCGAUGGUCUGAGGGGACCCCUUGUGAUUUAUGAUCCCAAUGACCCUUUGGCACAUAUGUACGAUGUCGACGAUGCGAGUACCGUAAUCACACUUUCCGAUUGGUAUCAUGUUGUGGCCCCCGUCUUGCGCCACAUCAUAGGUACGACCGCCAACUCCUCGCUCAUCAAUGGACUUGGUCGAUAUGCCGGCGGACCCAUGUCUGAUCUCGCUGUGAUUAAUGUGAUACCGGGAAAGCGAUAUCGCAUGCGCUUGGUUGCAAUGUCGUGUGACCCCAGCUUCCAUUUUUCCGUCGAUGACCACAACCUAACUGUCAUCGAAGCGGAUGGACAGCUGACCGAACCCCUGGUAGUAGAUGAGCUCCGGAUUUUUGCGGGUCAGCGCUACUCUGUGGUCCUGGUAGCUGAUAAGCCUGUGGAUAACUACUGGGUACGCAGUCUUCCUAACUUGACACAUGCGUCCUACGAGGGAGGAACGAAUUCUGCAAUCCUGCGCUACCAAGGCGCCCCGAUUGCCGACCCGACCACGGUCUAUACGGCACCCGAGAACGAAUUGAAAGAGACCGACUUGCAUGCUCUGAUCAAUCCCGGUGCUCCUGGCAUUCCAGAAUAUGGGAAGGCAGAUAUCAACCUCAACCUCACGGUCAAGAACACCAACGGAACAUUCUAUGUCAAUAAUGUCCCAUUCAAACCCCCCACCGUUCCUGUUCUACUGCAAAUUCUCAGCGGAGCUCAAGAACCGUCUCAGCUGCUUCCACAUGGGAAUAUCAUCGUUCUAGAGGCUAAUAAAGUGGUGGAGUUGACAUUGUCAACAAGCGGUCCAGGUGGACCUCAUCCCAUACAUCUUCAUGGGCAUUCCUUCGACGUUAUACAGAGCGCAGGCAGCAAAACCUUCAAUUACGUGAACCCCGUUCGUCGCGAUGUUGUAAGUGCUGGCAGCACCCCUGAGCAGCAGAUGGUGAUCCGAUGGACAACGGACAAUUCUGGCCCCUGGUUCUUGCAUUGUCACAUUGACUGGCAUCUAGAUGCCGGUUUUGCUGUGGUGAUGGCUGAAAGUCCCUCUGAUACUCGCGCACAUUUGAACCAUGUACCACAUGAAUGGGAUCAGUUGUGUCCUAUCUUUGACUCGCUAUCGCCUUCUCAAUUGGGGGGUGGAGGUCGCAAGUCCUAUGAAGAAGCAGCCAGUAUAACUACGCUACUCUUCCCACCAUCACCCCUUCCUUAGAUACAGUAGUAAACGUUCCAAUCAUUUUAGGGGGCCCGCAUACAUACUCCAUUAUAGAUACCGCUAUAAUUAACUUUCACCGGUAAUUUCCGGUAAUAGUACUUAAUUAGUACUUCGACUUACUAAUAGGCUCCAUGACUACUUACCUGA